UACAAGGCGACCAAACAUUUUUCACUCAAACACCAUGAAUUCUAAAGCUUAUUUCUUGCUCAUCUCUAUUAUAUCAUUAGUCUUGACUCCUUCAAGAGCUCAAGAAAGAGCACCUCAUGGUCUAGCUUAUGAAAACCCAAUUGCAUUUUCACCUUCAGCGGUUGAAUUUUUCCAUCCAGCAACACAACAACCAACCAAUGUGAAAAAUCCAUGUUCUGCUCACUCAUCAUCUGGCUGCUCGCCGUUGCCUCUCGCAGCUCAAGUUGAAGCUAUGUCGACUGCUCAGCAGAAAGGUGGCAGUACUCGACUCGGACCAGGCGGCAUUGCGGGUAUUGUGAUUGGUUUGGCAUUUGCGGUGUUUCUUGCGAUGGGAGGUUUUUAUGUCUUCGUCACUCGUCGAGCUAAUGAGAAUCGAGCUAACUCUGUUCGACCCGAUGCUUGAAGAUGUUAUUGCAGUAGGGUUAGUGAUUUUGAACAACUAGUUGUGCUAUUAUGGUGUAUCAAAUGUGCUUGUAAUUUUGGUUUCAGAUAUGUAUUUAUGCUUUGUUAGUGCA